AUGAGCGCGCUCCUGUUGCUCGUGCUCGUGUCCUGCGUGUGUUUUGUGCGCGCUGAGGCCUCGUGCGCGUCCUGUGAGCGCGUGCACGAGGAGGGGGAGCUGCACGAGGCGGUGAAGCGGCACAUCCUCACGCGCCUGCAGCUCACUGCGCCACCGAACAUUACGCACGCUCUGCCGCGCGCCGCCCUGCUCACCGCGCUGCGCCGUCUGCAAGCGGCAGUGCGGCAGGACGGGCGCGUGGAGCUGCCGCCUGAGCACCGUGCGGAGGACAGCUCCGAGAUCAUCAGCUUCGCAGAGAGAGAUGAGAUGGUGACCUCUCACACUGGGAUGUUUUUCGUCGUGUCAAAUGAAGGAAACCAGAGUCUGUUAGUGUCUGAGGCGUCUCUGUGGCUGUACCUGCGUGUGCUCCCAGUCCCGCCCCAUUUGCAGGCCCUGCCCGCUGAACACUCCCCUGCCCCUGAGCGCCGCAGGAGCCGUAGAGUGUCCUUAAAGCUGUAUCACCAGGGGGGCGGCUUCAGCAGUGGGUGGAGCCUGGUGGAGAAGGGGGUGGAGCUCCGUCGCAGCGGCUGGCACAGGUUUGACCUAACGGAGGUGCUACAAGGUCUGUUCCAGAGCGCCACCCGGAGACAGAGUGUGGACGUACGCUGUGAGGGCUGUGAAGCGGAGCGUGUGCGCCCCCUGCUGUUAGACGCAGAUGCCGCGCGGAGGCCAUUCCUGGUGGUGCAGGCACGACGGGAGGAGGUGGGGCAUAGGAUCAGGAGGCGAGGCUUAGAGUGUGAGGAGGGGGCAGGGCUCUGCUGCAGGAAACAGUUCUACAUCGACUUCCGGCUGCUGGGCUGGAGCGACUGGAUCAUAGCGCCCCCUGGGUACUUAGGCAACUACUGUGAGGGUAGCUGCCCGCCACACGGGGGCGGAGCCCCGAGCGCUGCUGCUUCCUUUCACACCGCCGUGUUAAACCAGUAUCGCCUCCGUGGCCUUGGCCCCGCCCCCUCCUCCUCCUGCUGCGUCCCAACCAAACUAGCCCCAAUGUCCAUGCUGUACUUCGACCACGAGUUCAACAUCGUCAAACGCGACGUGCCACACAUGGUCGUGGAGGAGUGCGGCUGUGCUUAA